UUUCUCUCUCUCCUCCAUUUUUUGCACUUGUAUUUUACCAAACCCCCUUAUUCCAACUUCUUCUCCACCAGACAACUACUUCUCUUCCUCACCUUCUUCUUCUUCUUCUUCUUCUUCUUCUUGUUUGUUGAGUUUUUGAAGAAAAAUUACACGCACAAAAAUGGCGGCUAAUUUGGAAGAUGUCCCUUCUCUUGAUCUCAUGUCUGAGCUUCUUCGCCGUAUGAAAUGCUCUUCUAAGCCUGACAAACGCCUCAUUCUCGUUGGACCCCCUGGAUCGGGUAAGGGUACUCAGUCACCAAUCAUUAAGGAUGAAUACUGCUUGUGUCAUCUGGCUACUGGUGACAUGCUGAGAGCUGCAGUGGCCGCCAAAACUCCUCUUGGGGUUAAGGCUAAAGAAGCCAUGGACAAGGGUGAUCUCGUUUCUGAUGACUUGGUUGUUGGGAUCAUUGAUGAAGCAAUAAAGAAGCCUUCAUGUCAAAAAGGAUUUAUUCUUGAUGGAUUUCCAAGGACAGUGGUCCAAGCAGAAAAGCUUGAUGAGAUGCUUGAAAAGCGAGGAACUAAGAUUGACAAAGUGUUGAACUUUGCUAUUGAUGAUACCAUUUUGGAGGAAAGAAUCACUGGACGUUGGAUCCAUCCGUCAAGUGGUCGUACCUACCACACCAAAUUUGCUCCUCCAAAAGUACAAGGAGUGGAUGAUGUUACUGGGGAACCUCUGAUUCAGCGCAAAGAUGACACUGCUGCAGUUCUGAAGUCUAGGCUAGAGUCUUUCCACCGACAAACUGAACCAGUUAUUGAUUACUAUUCCCGGAAAAAUGUUGUGACAAACAUACAUGCUGAGAAACCACCAAAGAAAGUUAGUGAAGCAGUGCAGCAGGCAUUGUCAUCAUAAUGAACUGAACUCCACUAUAUCAGAUUAGAAAUUUUUUACAUCUCUGAGAUUUUGAUGUGUACUCUUAUCUCACAUUUAUGGGGUUUGGGCUACUCUAUUCCCCGUUAGUAUCUUGCAUACAUUUUGAUGCUGAAAGCACCGCCUUUUUCUGUUUGCUAUGAGGUCAAGUUUUUCUAUUGCGGAAAAUAAUGCUUAUUAUGGAGAUUAUUUGCUAAUGAAUUUUGUGAACACUGAACAGCUGUCAGAUUUAUCAUUUUCAGCUGAGGAUUAAUAAUGGGUUAACUCAAAUUAAUGGAUCCUCACCUGUGAAGGGAGAGAGUUUUGAGUC